UUUUUUUCUACAUUUAAUAUUGAAUAAUAACACCUAAAUAAAUUUACGUACAAUUUUCUAAUACGAAAUGGAUUCUACACUAAUAUGACAUGGAUUCUUGGAAACAUGGACUCAAUGCGGAUGACUUGUUAAAACUCGUUUAUUGUAAUUUUGAAUGCUCUGGAUAAAUUUUCAACUGCUUCACUGACUAAAAAAUGAGCUGUUGCUCCCAAUCUUGUCUAUUCCGAAUAUAAUUUUAAGAAAAAUUUAUUGUUCUUUUUUGACAAUUUUUACUUUUUGGUGAAUUAUUUUCAUCAGUACUAUCAUUAUGGCAACAACUACGAAGCUGCAAGAAGUGCGCGAGGUAACUAGAAUAGAAAGAAUCGGUGCUCAUUCUCAUAUUCGUGGACUCGGAUUGAAUGAUGAUUUGGAAGCCAAACAUGUGUCACAAGGAAUGGUUGGACAGCUUGCUGCUAGACGUGCAGCUGGUGUUAUUUUGGAGAUGAUAAAAGAGGGAAAAAUUGCAGGUAGAGCUGUAUUAAUAGCAGGUCAUCCAGGAACAGGGAAAACUGCCAUUGCAAUGGGUAUGGCACAGGCACUCGGUAAAGACACACCUUUUACUGCAAUUGCUGGUAGUGAAAUAUUUUCAUUGGAAAUGAGCAAAACAGAGGCGUUGACUCAAGCAUUCAGGAAAUCAAUUGGAGUUCGCAUAAAAGAAGAAACUGAAAUGAUUGAAGGUGAAGUUGUUGAAGUUAGUGUCGAGCGACCUGCGACUGGAACUGGAGCAAAAGUUGGUAAGCUGACUUUGAAAACGACAGACAUGGAAACAGUGUAUGAUUUAGGUCAGAAGAUGAUUGAACAAUUAACGAAAGAAAAAAUUCAAUCUGGGGAUAUAAUCACCAUUGAUAAAGCCAGCGGAAAAAUUACCAAACUUGGCCGAUCAUUUACCCGAGCAAGAGAUUAUGAUGCAUUGGAUGCGCAGACUAGAUUUGUUCAAUGCCCAGAAGGGGAAUUGCAAAAACGAAAAGAAGUUGUUCACACUGUAUCAUUACAUGAAAUCGAUGUUAUAAAUAGCAGAACACAAGGAUUCCUUGCUCUGUUUUCUGGUGACACUGGUGAAAUUAAAAGUGAAGUCAGGGAACAAAUUAAUUCCAAAGUAGCAGAAUGGAGGGAAGAAGGAAAAGCAGAAAUCAUUCCUGGUGUUUUGUUUGUUGAUGAAGUCCAUAUGUUGGACAUCGAAUGUUUUUCUUAUCUCAAUCGUGCUCUAGAAAGUGACAUGUCACCUAUUUUCAUUAUGGCAACCAAUCGUGGCAUUACAAGGAUCCGUGGCACCAAUUAUCAAAGUCCUCAUGGACUUCCAAUUGAUCUAUUAGAUCGUCUUCUAAUUAUUUCUACAUCACCAUACACAGAAAAAGAAACAAAACAAAUUUUGCAAAUCAGAUGUGAAGAAGAAGAUGUUGAAAUGGAGGAACAAGCUCUGUCUGUUUUAACAAGAAUUGGAAUGGAGACAUCCCUUCGUUAUGCCAUUCAACUCAUCACAGCAUCUAGUUUAGUAUGUAGGAAGAGGAAGGGAACGGAAGUUUCAGUGAACGACAUUAAACGUGUGUACUCACUCUUUAUUGAUGAAUCACGCUCUACUACAUUUUUGAAAGAAUUCCAGCAAGAAUUUAUGUUCAAUGAAUUAUCUGCAUCUGGGGAUGCACCUGUUAUGGAGACAUCUUGAUAACUUAUUGAGACUGAGCUAUAGCCUUGUAGUAAAUUUUAAUAACAAGCAAGCUUGUUUAUAGUAAAGCACUAUACUUCUUGCUUGUGUUUGUAUUUUACUUAACGAGACAUAGCUAGUUGUCUUUGGUGCAAGCUAUCACAGUAAAAAGUUGCACAAACAUUUGUUCUGUUUCAUUAAAUAUUUCAACUAGUCAUUAGUUUUAAAUUUGUGUUGGUCAGAGCAAUGUAUUAUUCAUUCAAAUUGCUUGGUCAUUAUUAACUCAGUACAUACCAUAAGUAAAAUUUAUGUGGUACAGUUUUUUUCUAUUGCUGUUAUCUCUGAUAAAUUUGAUAGAAACAUUGUUUUGAUGAUUUGCCUUUGUUUUUAGUGCCACUGUUAGUUUUGUAUAAAAUGUGUGUUAGCUUGCAUUGGAAUUUUCAUUUUUUUUUAGA